UUAUAUGGUGCAUACAAGCAGGCGACUGUCGGCGAUGUCCGUGGUGUAAAGCCUUCGCUCUUUGAUAUCGCAGGAAGGAGCAAAUGGCAGGCCUGGGCCAACAUGCGCGGCAAGACCAAGGAAGAGGCGUCCGACAUUUAUGUCGAUCUAGUAGUCAAGGUUAAG